AUGCCAUGCACCAAUGACAGCACCCCUGUCGUCAGUGCAGCAUGGGACCAGAGGUCAAAGUUCCGGGCGCACGAGGUGUCUGGCUCCCCCGCAAAGCCCGGAGCUGCAGCGGCUCCAGCUCCCCGCGAUGCGCAUCCCACACGCGCCCCCCUCACCCGCCCCCGCCGGCCGCCGCCCGCCCGCCCCGCCCGCCUAGCCGCCGCGCCCCUGCCUGCCUUACAGGCCGUGCACGAGAUCAUCCUCAGCAACCGGUUCCUCAUCGUGCGCGCCAAGGAGCUGCGCUGCGGGCGGGAGGAGAGCCGCCGCUUCUACCGGGAGCACGCGGGGCGGUUCUUCUACCAGCGGCUGGUGGAGUUCAUGGCCAGUGGCCCCAUGUGGGCUUAUAUCUUGGCCCAUGAGAAUGCUGUCUCCCUCUGGAGAACACUGAUGGGACCCACCAAAGUAUUCCGAGCCCGAAACAGUGUCCCAGACUCCAUCCGAGGAGCUUAUGGCCUCACUGACACCAGGAAUACCACUCAUGGCUCAGAUUCACCAGCAUCAGCCAGCAGAGAAAUUGCCUUCUUCUUCCCAGAGUUCAAUGAAGAGCUCUGGUACCAGCAGGAGGAGCCACGUCUGCGCGGUGGUCAGGUGUAUUACAAUGCAGAGGAGCGUGUUCACUGUGUAUUCAAGGAUGAAGAAACAGAGUUGACCUGAGUUACCUGGGGGUACAGAUCAAAAGGAUCUGCUGACAAUUUCUGCAUUUUUGCUGCUUUUAUUUUUACUAGCAGUAUCCAAAGGUGGAUGUGUUCAUGACUAUGAAUUUGUACAAGCUUGAAAUCUUGCUGUCCUGAAUGCUACUGACAAUUGAUAUUUUAUUGGUUCCCCAAAUUUAAGUUGUGUGUUUUUCUUGCAAUUAUUAAUAGUUUUUUUUCACCUUUCUUCUUUACAAUGUGUUUUCUUUAUUGGAUAUUAUUGUGGGAUGUCAUUAAAUGAUAAUUCCUAUC